UUUGUCGCGCGUUUCUAUGUUCUGUAUGGAGAAGGCAUUGGCCUGUAUUUUGAACUUACUUUUAUCGAUAAAAGUGCCUGUAAAAGUGGCUUGGAAGCUACCUGAUUGGCUGAGAAGCCAUAUUCAAGGCACUUUUAUCAAUAAAAAAGAGAAUGUGGGCUAUUAACUUUAAUGAGCAUUUACUUAUCUUCAUGACUUUGACUUGUUUAGAUUGUAAUAUUUAAAUAAUAUAAUUACAUAUUAAUAUAAUAAUUACGAUAACACAUGUAUGUUAGUUUGCAACCGGAAGUUCAGCCGCGUAAGGGAGCGCGGCUGACCGGAAGAAAAGGGAUACCGCAGACUAAAACGAACACGAAUGCGAGGGGCGGUUGUGAUUGGCGGAGGCCGUCGGCGAAUCGGGAAGCGUUGCGGAGAGGGAAGAACGUUUGAAAUCGGAAGGAAAGGCGCGGAGUAGCAUGGAGACGCGGGAAGCGAGAGGACGGACAUUUGGAAAAAAAGCAGAUAACUACCCAGACGAGGGGACCUUGGAGAAGUUGCUGACGGAGGAGAAAGCUGGCGGAGACGUCCUGGUGCAAAUCUCCUUGUGGAGGCCCAGGGAGACGCGGGGAAACGACCGAUCGCCUGGCGACUGUAAGUGCGCUGUAAAAUUGCCACCGUUCCCCCUCGUAACUUUUCGCAAAAACAGAGACUUCCCGUCUGAGAACCGAGGCAUCCGGUGGGAAGCUCGACUCGGAACGCGGCACUGGUGGUCGGAACCGUAAAACUAAGUUUAAAAAAGAGAAAGAAUCCCGUCGUCAGCGGGAUCAAAGGGCUAUCCGGUACGGUAAGCGACGCAUCCCGCCAUGCGCGCCCGAUCGUGUCCCGACAUGUUCGCGACGACAGUCUUGCGUCGGGAUAGACAUAUAAAAGUUAAGACAUCCCCGAACUACGACGCGUGGGGAUAAUUGUUUUAUUUAUUCGGCGUAGCGGUUCGUGUAACAAUUACGUCUUACAUAUAUGUAUAUUUUUACGGCUUAGACCGCGUGAGAUCGGAAAAUUAGUUAUAUAAGAUUCGUUCAUUAAGUUCAUUUUACUUUUAUAGGAUUUAUAGAUCAGUAUUUUUUGUUAUUGCUUUAUUUUUUUCAAAAUAGACUUCAUCUUAGUUACUCUCACAAGGUACGUGUCCAUUUUUUAGUGUUUCCCUAUCCCCAUACCCGGUGUCUGAAGCGAGCGUCCGGUGAUCCGAACAUCUCUUCGGGAACGACAACUCUAUCAGGGAAGGAAUCCUUCUAUACAACCCUUCUAUACACCCCUAACAGUAAAGGCGUAUCUGGGGAAACUUGGCCGGUCCAGCUUCCCGGGCCUGGAGUUUGGGCGAAGCUCUCAAAAUAACGCCCUAGCAACCGUGGACGGGAUCCGUGGGGAACUUUCCUCCUCAAGGUUCGGCGGGAUUAAACGCUGAACGUUUUCACUAAGCUAGUGACAUCCGGUCACACGUUACGACAAAAUUAUGUGAUGUUAUUGUUUCGGGAACAGAUAUUUCUAAUUUUAACGUAGCAGGAAAAUAUUACAUAUUUCUCGAAGCUAAGUUAUAUUAUUUGUAGAUUGUUUUUUGUGCUAAAAGUACGAGUUGACGUAAUGAGAAGAGCACCGUGGUUAUACGAUAAUUGAUCUCGUCCUCAAAAUUUACACAAUUGCUAAAAGGCUAAUCCUUGACCUCCCUCCUCUGCUCAUUUCUACGGCAUUUGAAUGAAUUUUUAUCUAGCGAUUUUAGAUGUCAAGUUAACAGUUGGCAACAGUUUCAAAGAACUCAUUUUAUUCUUCUAUUCUAUAAUAAUAAUGUAAUCAUCUUCGCGAGAUAUUCUUUAAAUUUAGCUACUGUUGUCACAGCAAUAAUUAUAUUUCUACUUCAAUUGAAUUCUUAUCAAACAUAACUUUGUCACUAGAACACGCCGAAGAAAUUCUCUUGCGAUACGUCACUUAUCGAGAUUACUAGCCGGACGCGACUGACAGAUCUGAUCUAGUUAUUUGGCAUCAAAUUGCAAAUUCCGGGCGUGCGCCUUUUCUUUCGCGUUACUUGUCGGCGAAGCUGCGCGUUAAACGGAUUCGAGAAACGCGAGAACGGUCUGCCUGAGGAUGCCACUGCAUCGGUAUACACAUGCCAUCCUGUGCAGGAUCCCGCUGUCGCUGCGCACGCGGGGCGAAGUGACGUUGGAUGAAGCAAGGACGCAGCACUUGGCCCUGGCACAGCUUCUACGUGAGCUCGACAUUGACGUCGUUGAGAUGCCGCCGGACGAGAACUCGCCGCUUUGCGUCUUCGUCGAGGACGUCGCUGUUGUCUGCAACGGUAUCGCUUUGAUUGCUCGGCCGAAUGAACCGACACGUCUUAAAGAGCUUGAUACUAUCAGAGCUGUUCUGAAAAAAGAAUUGGAAAUACCACUCAUUGAAAUAAGCGACCAGAAUGCUCGCUUGGAUGGCGGAGAUGUUCUUUUCACCGGCAGAGAAUUCUUUGUUGGACUGUCUCACUUUACAAAUGAGGCGGGAGCACGAGCAGUUGCUGCGGCAUUUCCGGAAUAUCCUUGUGUACCUAUCAAGGUGGGUGAUGGUGGCGAAGAGGUGAUAGUGGAGAGUCUUACCUCAGCCCCUCUUCAGGUGGCUGAAUCCAAACGCUUGAAAGCAUUGGUUACGAUGGCCGGGCCGGAUGUUAUAUGCGUAGGAGCUGGAAAAGAAUCUCAAGAGGUUCUCAAGAGGAUCGAACGAGAAGCGACAUAUAAUUAUCAAACGUUGACCGUGCCCGAAGAUGCAGCCGCUAACGUGCUCUACGUGAACGGCACGCUUAUUCAUCGGUCGGAAAACGAGAUUCCGCAGUCGAGUAAGGUGUUCGCCGAGAAGGUGGAGUUCCCUACUAGAUCGCUGCGUAUGUCCGAAUUGGCGAAAGUCAGCUCAGGUUUGUCUUCGUGUUGCUUAUUGGUGCGCAGACCGCGGCAUAUCCGCAGCAUUUAAACGGUAGUGAGGAAACGAGAUCUAUAUUUCGCGAUUUAUCACGCUAUUCGCGGAAACGAGACAUAAAAUCGUAGUCUCUCUUUUUAUUUUAUCGAAUUCAUGGAGGAAUACAGUGAAGAUGCAAAACAUGACGACGUGACGUUAACAUAUGUGUUACCCUGACAAUUUGAUAAGUAUUUUUUUAAGUAAUCAUUUUGAAGAGUUUUCGUAUUAUUAUUUUGAAAGAGAAAGAUAUAAUAUUUGA